CCCCAAACCAUGCAAGCCACACUAGCCGCGGCCCUCCUGGGUCUAGCCCUCAGCCCCUCGCGCGCCACCGGCUCACCCCUAGACCGACGCGACGACGCCCUAGCCGACUGCCUCGCCGCGGCGGGCGUCCCGACCGACAUCCCCGGCACCGACGACUGGGCGCAGGACGCGGCGCCCUUCAACCUGCGGCUCAGCUACACGCCCGCCGCGAUCGCCGUGCCGGCCACCGCCGACCACGUCCGCGACGCCGUGGCGUGCGGGCGCGCCCUGGGCGUCAAGACCAGCGCAAAGUGCGGCGGCCACAGCUACGCCUCGUUCGGCCUCGGCGGCGAGGACGGCCACCUCGUCGUCGAGCUCGACAGGCUCAACGCCGUGGUCUUGGACGCCGCGUCGGGCGUCGCGGAUGUGCAGGCCGGCGCGAGGCUGGGGCAUGUGGCGGCCGAGCUGUAUGAUCAGGGGAAGAGGGGUAUUAGCCAUGGGACAUGUCCGGGCGUCGGCGUCGCGGGCCACGCGCUCCACGGCGGCUUCGGCAUGAGCUCGCACACCAAGGGCCUGGCCCUUGACUGGAUGGUGGGCGCGACCGUGGUGCUCGCCAACUCGACCGUGGUCGACGUCUCGGAGACGGAGCACCCGGACCUGUUCUGGGCGAUCCGCGGGGCCGGCAGCUCGGUGGGGAUCGUCACUUCGUUCCGCUUCAAGACCUUCGAGGCCCCCGAAACGGUGACCUUGUUCGUCGCCUCGGUCCCGUGGAAGAACCAGUCGGUGGCGGCGGACGGCCUCAAGGCCGUGCAGGACUUUGCGCUGAAUAGCAUGCCUGCCGAGCUGAAUAUGCGCGUCUUUGUCACGGGCCACUUCGUCAACUUGGAAGGCUUGUACUGGGGCGACAACGAAAAUAUGCAGGCGGUACUGCAGCCGUUGCUGGACAAGACGGGGGCGAAACUCCAGUUGCAGCAGCAGGGCGGUUGGAUGGACCAGUUGAAGCACUUUGGCAACGGAAUGCCUCUCGAUCAGGGGCAUCCGUACGACUCCCACGAGACAUUCUACUCGUCCAGCCUGUACACGCGCGAGCUGAGCGACAAGCAGGUCGAGGCCCUGACGACGUACUGGUUCAGCUACGCAAAGUCCAACAAGCGCGACUGGUACUUCCAGCUCGACAUCCACGGCGGCAACACGUCGGCGGUGACGGCGCCGGGCGUAGACUCGACGUCGUACGCGCACCGCGACUACCUGUUCAUGUACUCGUUCUACGACCCCGUCGACGGGGGCAGCUACCCGGCCGACGGCUUCAGCUGCAUGCAGAACUUUGUGUCCAACAUCACCGCCGGCAUGGGCCAGUUUGGCCAGUACAUCAACUACCCGGACAGCGUCAUGACCCAGGAGACCGCCCAGGCGAGAUACUGGGGCGCCCACCUCCCCAGGCUGCAGGCCAUCAAGGCCGAGGUCGAUCCCGAUGAUUUGUUCCACUACCCGCAGGGUAUCACUCCAGCUAAAUCUACGAUUCUUGAUGAUUAGAAACACACGACACGACAUGGAAAUGGGAAUGGGAAUGGCGAAAUUGCGGGGAGGCAGCAGGUACGGGG